CACUGGGAAAGGGUGAGGGCCAGGACAGGGACGGGGCAGGAGGUGGGGGCGCCUGCUGGGCAGCGGGGAGCAGGGGAGGUACCAGGUGGUGGAUGGGCACCCAUGACUCCCCUGGGCUCCCAGCUCUGCAGGACUGCUUUCUUGGCAGCCAUCCUGUUGCUGCUGUGGAUGGGGGAAGUGAGGACUCAGAAGGGAAGCCCAGACCCUGAUGGGAAGAACCAGGAAGAACAAAUAUCCUCUGAAGACCAGAACCAAGAGAUGUAUGAAGAACGCUUCGUGGCCUCAUCGGUGGGUGAACUCUGGCAGGUGGUGGACAUGGCCCAGCAAGAGGAAGACAUGACAUCAGAGUCCGCAGUUAUCCGCGACCACCUCUUUGACCUAGCCUUCUGCUUUAACCUGGCCAGCAUCAUGGUUUUUUUAUGAGGGACGCUGAGGCUGAACUGGUGGCCUGGUUCCUGGAUGAGGACCUGAAUGUCCACCUCCGCUUCAUGAUCGCUUACUGACCCCACCUCCCCAGCGGGCUCCAGGUCACCACUCCCACAAGAGACACACACAUGGCUCCCUGCCCCUUCUCGCUGGCUGCGUCUCACCUCAGGGUACAGCAUGAGAGACAUCUGUCAUCGCCACUGCCUGACUGCCUCCCCACACCCACAGCUUCAUCCAGGGCCAGAGGCUCAAGACUCAUCCCACCCCUCCCCCACACUUCUCCUGGCUUUGUUCAAGAUAGCAGAUUAGGGGGAGCAGACAGUGACAAUAAAAUAGCAAUAAAAUCUCAGAAACAA